GACCCCCUUCCUCAAGGGAUAGUGGAUCCCCUGGUCAUUCUGUGCGUGGCCUAUCUCAACAGAGACUGUGUUCUGAGGGAGGCGGGGCUGUUCCGUAUCCCUGGCGAAGUCUCCUCCGUCAAGAAGAUUCGCUCUGACUACAUCAGAGGAGAGCCAGUUGACCUGAUGCAGGUCCUUGAUCCCCACACUAUCGCUGGGCUACUCAAAUACCACUUCAGAGAGUGGCGCGUGUCCAUCAUUCCCAGGGGGAAACCCCUCCAGGAGGUCACAGCUGCUGUGAAGGACAGAGAUGAGGAGAGAGUGAGGCAGGUACUGCAGGGUCUACCACGAGACAGUCUCGCCACACUCAGACUGGUCACCGAACUACUCUCCAAGGUUGUGGAGUACAGUGAGUGGAACAUGAUGACAUCGGGAACACUGGCCACCUCCUGUGGGCAGUCCUUCUUCCCCUACCUCCCUUCCAGCCCAGCCAACUCACUCCUCAAAUUCAUGGUCGAUCACGUCACCACCCUCUUCCCCGAGUGACCUCGCUCCCUCCCUCCCUCCCACCCUACCGCCAUUAUCCCGCCCACUUUUCUAGUUCCCUCUUCUUCUCUCUCUCUCUGUCAAUCAUCCUCUUCCCCUAGUGACCUCCCAACACUCUCUCCCUCUUUCUCCUUCCCUACUUCUCACCCUCUCACUCACAUUUUGAACAGUCAAAAUCCCACCAACUCACAAACGUUCUGAGUGUUAUUUAUGGGCAAUCAAUUUUUGUAACUCUCUCACUUUUUUUUUUAUAUUAUUUUUAUUGCAGCACAG